AUGCUGAAUCCACCUUCACGACCUGGUACGUCACCUGUAUCGACCGGUAUCAAACGAUCACGAUCACCCGAUGACUCCCUAUCUAUCCCUUUGCAUCCAUCCGCCGGUCAACGCGAGAGCAGCAAACCCACCUCCGCCAUGAGCACACCCAGCCAGACGUCGACAUCGACCAGCGUGCCUGCUUCGUCAUUCCGCAACGUUUCUGCCUGUAACCGGUGCCGCUUGCGCAAAAAUAGAUGCGAUCAACGUCUUCCUCGAUGUCAAACAUGCGAAAAAGCCGAUGCGAAAUGCGUCGGGUUUGACCCAAUCACGAAACGUGAAAUACCUCGCAGUUAUGUUUUCUUUUUGGAAGCCCGUGUGACAUACCUUGAAAGAUUGCUACUCAAAAAUGGAAUUGAAUUCAAGCCUUCUUCUGCCUUUGACGGGGAGAUGGAAGUGCGUGGGACAAAUCAGGUUUCGGAACAAGAUGCCGAAACUGCUGCCUCAAAGGAAACCAAGAAGGAAUCUAAAAAGAACGAAAAGGCGUUGGAAGAAAAGAAGGAUAGUAAACAGCGCGAUUUGGUUUCUAAUAAGAGCCGUGAUCCGGAUUCUAAAGAACAUUUGGAUCAGUUGGUAUCGAACAUUGGAAUGGUCUCCGUGCAGGCCAUGUCGGAUUCGCGCUAUCUGGGUUCUACCUCUGGUAUCUCCUUUGCUAGGCUUGUCUUUGCAGCGGUCAAAAGCUCGGUGAAUACGAGCGGCUCUGAACCUGGCUCGGCUCGACUAACCGAGCGCAAGUCGUCAAACAGCACCGGUAGUACGAUUCGAGAAACUUUCUUUGGCCUCCAAUCGCGUCCCUUGAUGCAACAGGCUGCAUUCCCUGAUCGAGAACUCGCUGAUCGACUUGUUAGUUUAUAUUUUGAGCAUGCAAAUCCACAGAUGCCCAUCUUACAUCGUGGCGACUUCUUGGAGCUGGUAAACAGAGUCUACGAAACGGAGGAAUCUGCAAGGUCAUCUCGUGAUCUAUACUUGUUGAACAUUGUAUUUGCUAUCGGCGCUGGUAUUAUCUUCGAAGGAAGGAGAAGAUCUUCGGAUGAUGAAGAGGAUGGUUCGAAUUCCGGAAACAGAUCAUCUCCAUCGCACUCUGCUAAGAAACAGAAGCUUUCGGGAGUUCAGUUUCAACCGGAAGAAUACCAUGCAGCUGCAGUUGUACACUGGGAAGCCUUUCUAAGUGCUUCGCCUAUGGCCGAUUCUACAGGAGGCGGCCUUGAUGAGCUGCAAGCUUAUCUUUUAUUGGCUAGUUUCGCGCUGUUGAGACCGGUUGCCCCGGGGCUCUGGUAUAUUGUAGGUGUUGCUGUUCGACUUGCUAUUGAUCUUGGUCUGCAUCAUGAAGAUGGUACUGGCAUAGACUCGAUCGGAGAGGAAAACGUUGUGUCUCCGAAUCAACCAGUCCACCCAGAACGGGGUCGGCUUCAAUAUAUUCGUGAUCACCGCAGAAGGCUUUGGUGGUGUGUCUACAGUUUCGAUCGACUUGUUAGUACUUGUGUCGGUCGUCCUUUUGGAAUAACCGAUCAGGUCAUCACUACCGAAUUUCUUUCUAUUCUCGACGACCGCUACAUCACAAAGUCUGGAUUUCGUCCACCAAAAGGUGACGUACCGAGCUAUAAACAUGUUUCUUACCACUACUUGAAGUUACGACUGUUGCAAUCAGAAAUCCAACAAGUCCUACAAUAUCAACAGGCGCGCUUUGUGCGACGGUCAGGGAAGAACAGUUCGAAUCACUUCAUGCACACCAAACUCCAGUCUCCUUUCCUUGAGCGUUUUGAUUCAUUCCGUUCAUGGCGCAGGGAUGUCCAUCGCCGCUUGCUGGAGUGGAAGGACUCAUCACCAACGAAGAAAGAGACAGGAGUCCAGUUUUCCCUUGAACUCUUCGAGUUGAAUUACUACCAAGCUUUAAUCAUGCUGUAUAGACAGACGCUCACCGUACCUGCGGCGUUGGCAGGGGACCUCCAUCCAACAGAAGAUGUUUCCAGCCCACCGUCUUUCGACCUGGAUGAUCGAGAAGAUGAAGAUGAUAUUUAUCUUCAGAUUGCUGAGGCAGGUCAGAAAGUCAUCAAGAUUUAUCGUCAGUUACAUCGAGUCAGACUAGUGAAUUAUACAUAUAUGACGACUCAUCAUCUCUUUAUGGCCGGCAUAUCAUUUCUGUUCGCGAUCUGGCACUCACCUGUUGUCCGCAGUCGUUUGACUUUGGAUGAUGUCGACUUCACCGUUCUAGCUGCAACAUCCAUUUUCAGCGAUUUGAUAGAAGUUUGCCCGCCAGCAGAGACGUGUCGAGAUGCAUUUGAACGAAUGAGUAGAGCUACAGUUCGCAUGGGCUCCAAGGGUUUCGCAUCACAAGCCGUGGGUGGUGUAUCGCUCACAGCACCGAGCAAAUCGCUGGCAUCGACAACUGGAAACAUUAACCGCACUGCAGCGCCAGGCGUGCAAUUAGCACCUGUACAGCGACCUCAACGACCCCCACGACGGCCUACUUUUGAUAUGGAUCUUAGCGAUUUGUAUCACAGUCCUCCUAGCCAACAGGCUCAUCUCAAUCCCUCUCCUAGACAACGAUCAUAUCAAGUUGCGCCGUCGUUAGCACCACAACCCGAACAAUAUCAAAACAACCCCGGGUAUACCCAGGCAUAUACUUCUUAUGAUCAGACUGCUCAGCAACACCAACAACAAUAUUAUAUGGCGCAAUCACCGCAAAGUGCCGGAUCAUCAACAGCACCUGCUUUCACUCCUCCGACACAUUCAGAGCCGCAGCAACAUAGUCUAACGGAUAUGAGCCUCGACUUCCUCGACUUCGCCACCAAUCUCGCCAACAACCUGAACCAGGACGCUGAUAUGAGCCAUGCAGACGGCAGUAGUGCAGCACUUGAUACGUUUGCCGGUCCUUUCAAUCUGAACGAUCUGCAGGGCACGGGCAUCAAUCUGGGAGGCUUCGGGAUGGAAGCUGACUAUCUCCGUGAUUUGACCACUGAUGGAUCAGGAUAUGAUUUGAUGGAUGGGUACUGGUUUGGAAUGUCUGGUGGUGGAAAUUCUGGAAUAUAG